UACACAAAAUACAAAUUAACUAAUGAAUGUGUGCCUGCGCAUUUGUGGUUGUACACAACCGCGACGUACCCGGUAUAUUAUCAUUUCGGAGUCAUUAUAUAACUAUGAUAUUUAAUUCAGUACUUGAUGUUACAAUUGUUACAUAGAGUUAUAACAUGCUUGUAUUGUUGUUUUUUUAUUUAAAAACAACGCAGGGUUACUGCUUUAUUUGUGUUCAGCAUUUAACAAAAGACAAAUUCCGAGGUGCGGGAUUUAGUUAUAGAUAAUGCAGAUUAUAUUGCACUGGCGGACGUUGGAAAGGAGUUUGUCACGUUGCUCUUUGGCAGAGGGGACGAGACCAUCGGGAACAAACUUUCAACAUCUGCUUCUAGGUGAAGCCAUAACCACCGAUAGUUUCCCAACAAUGCCAUAUAAAGUGUGAUGUGUUCAACAGCGGACUGUAGUCAAUCUGUAUCCAAAUUCAAGAAGACGGAAAUGAAAGGAAUUCGCGCUCCAGGGAUACUCGACAGGCCUAACACUGACCGCAUCAUGGAGGAGGGAGAGGCCCCGGUGGACGGCGAGGUGGAGACCCCCUUUGCCGCGGAGACCUACGCCGCUCAGGCCAUGGCCGCAGACAUGGACCCUUGGAUUGUGUUCGACUCGAAAAUUACUCCCAGGUCAGAGUUCGACGGCUGGCUGGAGCGCAACAGGCCCUCACAGGUGUACAGAUUCGGCGAUGAGGAAGGUGGCGGGAGGCCUGUGGGCUGGGUCGCUGUGAGGGGCCCGAACUUCAUCCCCUGUACUGGUGAUGUUCAUGGUCUCCAGAAGAGCUGGGAGAAACUUUUGGCCAGUGGCCGGCCCAUCAACUUCCAUACAGUGAGGGAACUGGCCCUGAAACACAGGGUCCUCGCAGGCAAGUGGCUGAUGCACUUGGACUCUGGUUUUAAGCUGGACCAUGCGUGGGAAUGUGUGGCCAGAGCAGCACUGGAUGGUAAGGUCUCCAUGGUUAAAGUCAGCACAUAUGAUCCCAAGGGAGAGGCCAGGCAGGUCAUUUGUACCUAUAACCAUAACUUCAGCGAUGAGAGCGAGGUUAUAAAGAUGGACUCAAUCAUUCGUGCCACAGGGGUCAAAUGCCCUCUGACCUACAAGCCGGACGUGUAUACAUACCUAGGAAUCUACCGAAACAACCGCUGGAAGCUCUGUCCAACCAUAUAUGAGAGCAAAUUUGACCUGGAGUGUGUACCGAGGCGCUCCCACAUCGUCAACAGGGUCACCAACCUCAAAGUCACGUAAGCCUGUCAGAAUGGGUUUGACAGUAUAGCUCACUGAUUGAAAAAAACUUUUGUGAAUGGGGGUCAGUGGUUUAAUUUUGAUCUCAAGUUCUUCCAUUUAGCAAAAAAAAAAAAAGGACUUAAUCUCAUUUGUCCGUUAGUUUUCUAAGUGACCUUUUUUGGGGGGGUUGUUUGAUUGUAUUCAUAAGUAAGAAUAAUUGUAUUCUUCAGGUUGCGUUUGUAUCACAUUAUCUAACACUUACCAAGCUGACCGGGUGGCUAAAGAAAUCCUUGUUUAGUAUCCACAUGUUCGCGGUAAAACUUUUGGCACCCAAUGAAGCAUUUUGUUUUUGACAAUGAAGCAUCUCUCAUUUAUUCAACUUUUUUUUUCUGCUUACAUGGUUGCCCAAUAAAAUAUACUUUUGAACACCA